AUGGGCCGAAAGGCGGUGGCUGUCGGCAAGCCGGAGGUCCCUGCCAUGUCGUCGGCCAUGGAGACAUCUCCGGCUAAAUCACAGCCCUCGCCCCAACAAGAUAUCACGGAGCAGUCGCAACAACAGGACCCUGCAAUGUCGCCAGUCGGAUGUGACUCUCCCCCAGCCAAAUCACAACCGACGCCGAAACGGACACCGAAACGUGCACCGCGCAAGGCUGCCCGCGGCCUCUGGAGCGAGGAACAGCUGUUGACCAGCAACAGGUCCCAACUAAUCGACAUCGAUCUAGUGAAACUGCUAGCGAACCCCAAGGCAUGGAACUGCCUUGAAGAAGACGAGAAACGAGAGAUCCUGGCUCUGCUGCCAGACGGCAUACACCCAAAUCCCGAACCCGAGGCCACACCCGAAGACCCAGACCCUAAGAUCGCACCUCUACCGCAGUCCUUCAUCCGAUACUCCAAUAACUGGCGGGACGGGAUUCGGCAGUUCCAGCUCGACCUGCAGAAUGGCCGGUAUGGUGGUGCCUGGCUGCGCCAGGCCGAGAAGGCGCGGCAGCAGCGCACAGAGGGAGACUUUGACGCCUUCAAGGAACGCGAGUUUGAGCAGUUCUGGGGCCAGAAACAGAAAGUCGACUACAAAGUGCUGACUGGGGAAAGCUCGCGCGUGAAGCUGGCGACUCUUGUGAAAGAAGGAGUCAUUCUACCGGGUGAUAUUUGGAAAUACUCGAACGUUUUCGGCCGACAUUCGGAAAGAGUGCAUGUGGAGAAGGAGGCCAAGGUACGGAUCGACACUAUUUGCUUUUAUUGUGACCACUUUGCUAAAUAA